UACUUCCGUGGCAGCUUUCGUGCAGAAAGCGUGGUUUGUGGCACUCUACUUGAAGGAGUUCUGGGACUGCAUUAGUGUGACGGUGUUAUCGAGCCCGCUUAGACAUCUGCCCGCAGAGCAAAGUGAUGGCACAGAACCCUUCGAAGCUGCCUCCUGAGGUCUGGAAUAACGUCUUUGGGUAUCUGUCAACGACAGAAAAGUUAAACGUCCGGGCAACCUGCAAGUAUUUCAAGACAAUUGUCGAUCACCGAUCUCUGUGGAAAAACUGGACAGUGGUUUUGGAUUUUAAAAACGGCUCAUACAACAGGAAGUUCUGGGACACUCUUCGUCAUAGAAAAGUCUCCAGCGCAGUGAUGAAGAGCACCAAAGUGAAACACUGGAAACAGCUCGCUCUGUUCCUUCCUAUCCUCACCACGGUGGUAAUGGACCAAAGCUCCCAGGAGUGUUUCAGCUGCUUGAAGGACUUCCCAAAUAUGAGACGUCUGGUUUUAAGAAGCAGUUGCUCUGAUCUUUUGUUAGACAUUUCCAGAUUCCCAUUGUUUCUUCCCGAGAAGCUGACUUACUUAAGCAUGUGGGCAUCGUUGGAGAAACGAUGUGGAUGUUGCACUCCACACUCGCGUGCCUGCCUAAACUGAAGCAUCUCUCCUUGUCAGGUGUGCAUAUAUUGUGUACCUAUCGUCACAGUGAUCCUAAGCCAAGUCCAGGUCCCUCAGGGGACGCUGGUGCACUGGCUUUGGCCAGUUUGGAGCUCAUCGACUGCAUGGAUCCUUCAUUGCCGGCGCACGGGUUGCAGUUCCUGCCUGGCCUGAAACAUCUGUCUGUCUUCUUCAAGCACUCACAUCACGACAUUCCAGAAAUGUGGUCACUGUCUCCUUGUCGCCUCAAAACAUGGUUGCAUGACCUACCUCAGCUCUCAACCCUGAUCAUCGUUAAGGGCCCCCCGGUUAAUAAGUACAUCACCUCCAUUCCAGCCACCGUGACCAGUCUCACACUGUGUGUUGCAGGAAUCACUUCAAAGGACAUGGCUGCCAUAGCGGUGCAGCUGCCAAAUCUCCUCCACCUCCAUAUAGACACUUGGCCCUCACAUCUGGGAACUCGCACCGCUGAAAUCCCACGGCUGUUUCCAAAGCUCAAAAGUCUUAAAAUCCGCCAUGAACGUGUGCCGGAGCAAGAUUUCUUGCAGCUUCAUCACCUGCAACAUCUUAGAUACUUGGAGAUUCUGGACAGCACUCCACAGCUGUCUGUGCUCACUGGCAAGCUUCAAGCUCUCACCGAGUUCAGACUUCAGAUCAGAAUCUUUCCUUACCGGAGAGAUGCACUGUCAUGUCCUUGUGUUUGUCACGUUUAUUAACCUGGUGAUCUGGUAACUUUUUAUUUGAGUGGGAACACGGAAACUUGCUCAUAAUCGAUGUUUACUGAACUUUUUGAGGUAGUUUUAUUUCACCUCAGGAAUCCAAAAUGCCUUGCCAUAUUUUGGAUUAUUUAACUUAUUCAGGGAAUCAACCUCUUAUAAAGGUUUGAAUAAAUUAAAAUGUUUUUAAAGAUUUUUGUCUUU